AUGAGAUUAAUUACCGUCCUUUUCCUCUGCUCCAGGCUGCUAUCUAGUUUAAGCCAGCAGCCCUCACAGGAAAUUGACUGCAAUGAUCACGAUGUACUUAUGGCUGUAGAUGCUGCUCUGAAGAACUACAAUGGUGGAAACCAAACAAACAACCUCUUUGUAUUGUACCGUGUCGGUAAUAUCACCAAGAUGGAUUACAUAAAUCCAUUUUAUUCCUUCAAGUACCAAAUCAAGGAGGGUGACUGUCCUGUUCAAAGUGGCAAGACCUGGCAGGACUGUGCCUACAAGCAAUCCGCAGAUGCUGCCACUGGAGAAUGUACAGCCACCAUGGAGAAAACUGAAAAGAGAAAAUUCACUGUAGCUACGCAGACCUGCCAGAUCACUCCAGCGGAGGGACCUGCGGUGAUUUUCCAGCACAGUUGCCCUGGUUGCAAGUACCCCAUAUCAACAGAGGACCCCAAAGUGAAAGAAAUCCUGAAACAUGCUGUUUCACAUUUUAACAAGAACAGCAGUCACUCUCACCUCUUUGAUAUUGAAAAAACAAUGCGUGCUUUUACACAGGUGGUAGCUGGAUGGAAUAUUGACAUUUCCUACUCAAUUAGGCAAACUAAUUGUUCCAAGGCGGACUUUCCAGAAUUAGCUCCGGAAUGCCAGAUCCUUUCAAAAGGUGGUUCUGCUGAAUGCACAGAUAGUGCAUAUAUCGACCUUUCGCGAAGAAUUGCUUCCUUCUCUCAGAAAUGUAACUUCUUAUCAGAGGAGGCUUUUUUCCCGAGGUUUUGUGUAGGCUGUCCAGAAAAUUUACCUCUUAACAGCUCAGAUAUGAAUAAGCUUCUGAGUCUUACAUCCAUACGGCUUAAUGCAGCCAUUAAUAGCAGAUUCUAUUUCAAGAUUGCCAAUGUGCAAAGAGCAACAUCUCAGGUCCUUAAAGUAAAAGCAGAUGAUCAAUAG